UUCCGUCGUUAUAUAAGCUCUGCUGGACAGACAACUUUUCCCGCACUCCUCGUGCUUUUCUCCUAACAGUUUGAGCAGGAAAAGUAACGAAACCCAAGAUAUGGGUUUAGUCUUCAGAGCCCUGCUCUUCCGGUUCGCCCUGUUUUUGUUUCUGUUUUUACACCACUCAGCAACAAAAGCUGAGGAUUUCAAUGCCAUAAAUAAUAAUGCCAAUUCCAACAGUUCCACAGCCAGAAGUUUAGCUUCUAACUGCAACUGGUUCCGAGGGAAAUGGGUAUAUGACCCUUCAUAUCCUCUCUACGACCCCACCAAAUGUCCCUUCAUAGAUGGAGAAUUCGACUGCCAAAAAUAUGGCCGACCUGAUAACAUGUAUCUCAAGUACAGAUGGCAACCCUUUUCCUGUAGCCUCCCAAGGUUCAAUGGGCUGUAUUUCUUGGAGAAAUGGAGAGGAAAGAGGAUCAUGUUCGUGGGCGACUCACUCAGCUUGAACCAAUUCCAGUCUUUAACAUGUAUGAUUCGAGCCUGGGUUCCAAAUUCCAAAAUUUCAUACAUCAAAAGAGAUGGUCUUAUUUCAGUUAUCUUUCAGGAUUACGGUGUGAAGAUAUUGCUUUACAGAACACCAUACCUAGUUGACCUAGCGAAUGAGAAGUUCGGAAGAGUGUUGAAGCUGGACUCCAUUAGGGGCGGUGAUGCAUGGAAAGGCAUGGAUAUGCUGAUCUUUAACACGUGGCAUUGGUGGACCCACACUGGAAGAACCCAACCAUUUGAUUACAUAGAGGAUGGUGGGAAAACGUUGAAAGACAUGAACCGUAUGAUUGCAUUUUACAAAGGAUUAACGACGUGGGCCAGGUGGGUCAACCGCAACGUUGAUCCUUCCAAAACCAAGGUCUUUUUCCAAGGGAUUUCUCCAACCCAUUAUGAGGGAAAGGAUUGGAACGAGCCAACAAAAUCAUGUUCUGGACAGACACAACCAUUCUUUGGCAUUCGAUACCCUGCAGGCACACCUAUGGCUUGGGUUGUUCUGGAAAAGGUCCUAAGUAGGAUUAAGAAACCAGUGUAUUUGCUCGACGUUACUGCACUCUCUCAGUAUCGGAAAGAUGCACACCCAUCAGCAUACAGCGGCACACACAGUGGCAGAGACUGUAGCCACUGGUGUCUUCCAGGUUUGCCAGAUACUUGGAACCAGCUCUUAUAUGCAGCUCUUUUUAGUUGAAGCAAUGGAAGCUUAGGAGAAAAUUAGCUCUAGGCAGCUAAAAUUUGAAUGAAAACCAUUUGUUUUCUACCCUAACAAAUUAUCUUUUCGUUGAUUAUUAAGUGGGCAAUAAGAGACAUCAUCAUAAUUCAAUUGUAAAUUUUAAUUGGUUUCAGCAUAAGUUCAAGAA